AUGCCUGUUUUCGAGGAGACCGCUGAUGCGCGUCGGGACUUGAGGAUUCUACCAUCACGAGCUCUACCUUUACCACGUCUAUCACCUCAGAUUUCUACGACUGAUAAUGAGCGCGAAGUUGUCGUUAUCGGUGCAGGACCAAGUGGUCUUUUUCUCACUCUUUUACUUGCCAGAUAUGGAAUCACAGGAUCUUCACUACUUUGCUUGGAUUCGAAGCCAGGAACUCUGAAGGCAGGACAAGCUGAUGGUCUUCAACCUCGUACACUUGAAGUCUUCCAGAGUCUCGGAAUAGGCUCGGAGAUCAUUGCUGAAGGAUGCCACAUGGAAGAAGUAGCUUUCUGGAACCCUGCAGCUGACGGCAAGAGUGGUAUCGAGCGAACCUCAUUUGUGCCUGAUGUGAAUGUCCCGGCACGCUUUCCUUUUGAGGUUACUAUUCAUCAAGGACGCAUUGAGAGAAUUCUUCAGGAGAACCUUAAUCUCUAUGCACCUGAGAGUACCAUCCGAAGAUCUCAUCAUUUUGUGGAUUACACUGUUGAUGCAGUCAACCAUCCAGAAUACCCUGUUCUCGUGAGCUAUGAGCACGAGCUCGAGGACGGUACUCGCAUUCCAGGCUCUGUUCGUACAAAGUAUCUGGUGGGAGGCGAUGGUGCACAUUCGAAAGUCAGAAAAGCCAUGGGGCUUUCGCUGGAAGGAGAAACAUCUGAUCACAUCUGGGGUGUCUGCGAUUUUGUGGCUGAUACAGAUUUUCCGGACAUUCGCAACCGUUCUGCUGUGCAUUCUGAAGCAGGUUCCAUCAUGGUUAUUCCGAGAGAGCAAAUCGCUACUGGAGAAUAUCUUACUCGUCUCUACGUGCAGGUUCCGGGGGAUGUCGAUGCAAAGGCAGACCGUACAACGACUCCUGACGACGAGAAGAAAAAUUCAAGCAAGAAGAAGCGUGCUGAGGUUACCCUUGACUACAUUUUUCAGCAAGCUAACGCGGUGUUUGCCCCAUACAAGAUCAAGAUUAGGGAGGGUACCGCACCAGACUGGUAUGCUGCUUAUCAGAUUGGCCAGAGAAUGACACCGAAGUUCUCUUCGAGAACCCCAGAUGGCGUCGAUAGAGUUUUCAUUGUCGGAGACGCAUGUCACACGCAUAGCCCGAAAGCAGGCCAAGGCAUGAACGUCAGCAUGAUGGAUAGUUACAACCUAUCUUGGAAGCUAGCACACUCUAUUCUCGGCUUGACGCCUCGAGCUAUUACCAGCAGCGCUGAUCCGAUUCUGGAGACCUUCGAGUUAGAGCGAGUCGACACCGCUCGUCAACUCAUCGAGUUUGACGCCAAGUUUUCUCACAUGUUCUCUGGCAAAAUCGGUUCAGGCGACUCUUCGACAGCUGGACUUACACACGACGAAUUCCUGAAAGUAUUCCGCGACGGAAGUGGCUUUACUAGUGGUUGCGGUCUUGAAUACAAACCUAGCGAGCUUGUUCGCACUACCAACGAUUCUGGAAACCUGAUCACCUCUGGAGGAGAUCCUCUUUAUGGUGCUCUCACAACUGGCCGGAGGGUUUUGAAUGUUGAACUCAAGCGUUAUGCUGACAACACUACUCGUCAAUUGCAUGAUGAGCUUCCAUCCCACGGACGGUACCGCAUUUUGGUGCUCACUAGCACAGAUCUUCUUAAUCCCGCUGGAAUAUCUCAGGCGGCACUACAAGCGUGUGUCAAGAUGGUGAGAAGCCACCCCGCUGGUACGAUAGACCUUGUGGUCUUGCAUCCCAUCAAGGAGAGAUUCGAGUGGACCCAGAUCCCGGCAGACGUAAAGAGACUCGCAGAGAUGAGAACCUAUGGACUGUCAAAGAGGGAAGACGCUUAUGAUGUCUAUGGCAUCUCGAAGGAGGAAGGAGCGAUUGCUAUUGUAAGACCUGAUGGAUAUGUCGGAGUACUAUGUCGCUUGUCUGCUCCUAAAGUUGCUGGAACUUACCUGAAAGAUUGCUUGGUCACAGUAUAA